AUGAAAUUGGAUGUUGUAAAACAAUUUUCAACUAGAUCAGAUAGAGUUAAAGGUAUUGAUUUUCACCCAACUGAACCUUGGAUUUUAACUACUUUGUAUAAUGGUAAAAUUGAAAUUUGGUCAUAUUUAACUAAUGCCGUGGUAAAAUCAAUUCAAGUUACUGAAUUACCAGUUAGAACAGGUAAAUUUAUUGCAAGAAAAAAUUGGAUAGUUGUUGGAUCAGAUGAUUUUCAAAUUAGAGUUUAUAACUAUAAUACUGGUGAAAAAGUUACUCAAUUUGAAGCACAUCCAGAUUAUAUUAGAAGUAUUGCUGUACAUCCAACAAAACCAUAUAUUUUAACAAGUUCAGAUGAUUUAACUAUAAAAUUAUGGAAUUGGGAUAAUAAUUGGAAAUUAGAACAAACUUUUGAAGGUCAUCAACAUUAUGUUAUGAGUGUAAAUUUUAACCCUAAAGAUCCAAAUACUUUUGCAUCUGCAUGUUUAGACAGAACAGUUAAAGUAUGGUCAUUAGGAUCAUCACAGCCAAAUUUUACUUUAGUAGCACAUGAUUCAAAGGGUGUGAAUUAUGUUGAUUAUUACCCACAAGCUGAUAAACCAUAUUUACUUACUUCAUCAGAUGAUAAAACUAUUAAAGUCUGGGAUUAUCAAACAAAAUCAUGUGUUGCUACAUUAGAAGGCCAUUUAUCAAAUGUUUCAUUUGCAAUUUUCCAUCCUGAAUUACCAUUAAUAAUCUCAGGCUCUGAAGAUGGUACAAUUAGAUUUUGGAAUAGUAAUACUUUUAAAUUGGAAAAAUCAAUAAAUUAUAGUUUAGAAAGAGCUUGGUGUAUUGGUGAUUUAUCAAAAUCAAACUUAAUUGCAUGUGGGUUUGAUUCUGGAUUUGUUAUUGUUAAAUUAGGUAACGAAGAACCAUUAUUUUCAAUGGAUUCAAAUAAUAAAUUAAUUUAUACAAAGAAUUCAGAAGUAUUCCAAUCUAUUAUAAAACCAUCAAAUUUAAAUGUUAAAGAUGGUGAAUCAUUAAAUUUACAACAAAAAGAAUUGGGUAGAAUUGAAAUUUUCCCACAAUCUUUAUCUCAUUCACCAAAUGGUAGAUAUGCUGCUGUUUGUGGUGAUGGAGAAUAUAUCAUAUACACUGCAUUAGCCUGGAGAUCGAAAAAUUAUGGUAAAGCUUUAGAAUUUGUUUGGAAUGAUUAUGAUACUUCAGCUGCUUCAUCAUUUGCAAUUAGAGAAAGUGUAACAUCAAUGAAAAUAUUUAAAAAUUUUCAAGAAUUGUAUGCUUUAGAUUUAAUUUAUCAAGCUGAUAAAAUUUUUACUGGUAAAUUAUUAGGUAUCAAAUCUGAAGGUUGUAUAUCAUUUUAUGAUUGGGAAAAAGGUGUAUUAGUUAGACGUGUUGAUAUCGAUGAUGAAAUACUAGAUGUAUAUUGGUCAGAUAAUGGGAAAUUAUUAGUUAUAGUUACUGCUAAUGAAUCGUAUUUCUUAAGUUAUGAUGAAGAAGAAUUGGAAAAGAAUGAAAUAGAUCCAGAAGAAGGCUGCGAAGUUGCAUUUGAUGUUUUAUAUACUAUAAAUGAUUCUAUAUUAUCAGGGAAAUUUAUUGGUGAUGUAUUGAUUUAUACAACUUCAUCUACAAAUAGAUUAAAUUAUUUUGUUGGUGGUGAAAUAAUAAAUUUAGGACAUUUUGAUCAUAAAUAUUAUAUUAUUGGAUAUAAUCAAGGUAAAUUAUUUUUGAUAGAUAAAUCAUUUGAUGUUAUAUCAUGGUUUGUAAAUUCUGAUGUUUUAAUAUUACAAACUUAUAUAAUGAGAGUGGAUCCAGAAAUUGAAAAUAAACCUGAAUUUCAAAUUGAUGAUUUAGAUGAAGAAUAUAGAGAAUCGAUUUCUCAAUUUUCCAAAACUGAGUUAAAUCAAUUAUCUAGAUUUUUUGAAAAAUUGGGUUAUUUAUCAAUAUCAUAUACAUUAUCACAAGAUUUUGAUUCUAAAUUUCAAAUUUCAUUAAGUCAAAAUAAUUUGAAACAAGCAUAUGAAUUAUUAAAACAAGAAAACAAUAUAGCAAAUACUCAUAAAUGGAAGAAAUUAGGAGAUUUAUCAAUGAAAAAAUGGAAUUUGAAAUUAGCACAAGAAUGUUUUUGGGUUUCAAAAGAUUAUUCAUCUUUACUAUUACUUUUAUCAUCUACAAAUAAUAAAACUGAACUAACUAAAUUGGCUGAGGAGUGUGAAGAAAAAGGUAAAUAUAAUAUAGCAUUUCAAGCUUGGUGGUUAACUGCAGAUACAAAGAAAUGUUUAGAAUUAUUAGUAAAACUGGAAAGAUAUACAGAAGCAGUUAUAUUUGGUAAAAAUUAUGGAAUUGAAAAUUUGAAUAAUGUAAUUGAACAAUGGAAAUCAUCAUUAAUAAAGAAAAAUAAGGGGAAAGUAGCUGAUUUAAUUGGAGAUCUAAAAAUAAAUGGUGAUUCAUUAAUUGAUUUAAAAGAUGAAACAGAGAAAGAAGUAGAUGAAGAAGGUGAAAAAGAAACGGAAUAUAAAGAAAUAGAAGAAUCAAAUGAAGAUUAG